UCAAAGAACAUCCCCUGGCGAACAAACCGAGACACUCUAUUCUCUCUGCCCACCGAACCUUUCUCUAUUUUCCCCCUGAAACCGUGGCUGCCUCUGAAGUUCCCUAUGCUUCGAAACUUGAAAUCUGCCGUAUUGUCUUCGACCAUGGAAGCAGUUUUUCUCUUUUCUCUGUUCAGACAAAUGGUUGCUCAUGAAGCUUUGAUGAAGUCUCAACCUUUCGAGUGAAAGUUGAAAAACAAAGCCCUUCUGUCUCUCAAAUCCUGUACUCGAAUGGAUUCGAUCAAUUUUUACAAAAUCAAAGUUGAGAAGGCGAAAGCGUUGUCAAGGCAUCGCCAGCUUCAAAAGAUCGCAAACCUGUGCCGGGUAAUUGAGGUAUGCAUUGUCCUGGUCUUGAUUUCCAGGUUUUCCAUGCAACUCCCGCUUGCUGUCAAGAACUCCAGCGGCUAUUUCCAUGAGGUUAAAGUUGUCUUGGUCAGUCCUCGCUUCGUGUUUGUCAUCGGAAACGUUAUAAUUUUCACUCUUUUCGCCAAGUCGGGGCAGUUUUCAGCUCGAGAUUCUGCAGCAAAGACUACUGGAUUUGAUCUAUACGAGGAGUUCAUCAAGAACAGUGAAAAGAAACAGAGAAUUCACCCAGAUAUGACCCCGUACGUCGGCAAACUUAGCGUAUCUGAUGAGAGUACAUUUAAAGAUUACCGGAGGAUUCAAAGUUUCUCGCAAAAUUCAAACAGUGGGUUGUGUGAGAAAUCAAUCCGAGUACUCCGACGUUCGGAGACACAGAAAUGCAGCAAGACUACCGGUCCUUCCGAUGAGGUUAUGGCGAAAAGUUCAUGUCCAGAGGAUGAAAUAAGCAACGAGGAGUUCCAGCUCAAGGUGGAGGCUUUCAUUACCCAGCAGCAAAAGUUUCGUAAGGAAGAAGAGUGCCAUAGAAUUACUCAAGAACGUGAAGCAUUUCACUUCAAUUCCGACGUAACUGUGCAUGUAUAUGCUUUCAGUCCUUUGUUUUUCAAGUCCUAUAUUCGAAUGGAUUCAUUGAAUUUCUACAACAUCAAAGUUGAGCAGGCCAACGCGAUGCAAAGGCAUCGCCAGCUUCAAAAGAUCACAAACAUAUGCCUGAUAAUCAAGGUAUGCGUUUUUCUUGUCUUGAUUUCUAGGCUUUCCAUGCGACUCCCACUUGCUUUCAAGAACUCCGAUGGGUAUUUCCAAAACGUGACAAUCACCCUGGCAAGUCCUCGCUUCGUGUUUGUCAUCGGAAACAUUAUAGUCAUCACUCUUUUCGCUAAGUCUGGCCAGCUUUCGACUAGAGAUUCUACCACAAAGACUUCCGAAUUUGAUCUUUACGAAGAGUUCUUUAAGAAAAGUGAAAAAAUUCAAAGAGUUCACUCAAAUGUGACCCGGUGCCUUGAAGAGCAUAGCACAUACGAUAGUAAAGUUAAGGUUAAGGAUUACCGGAGGGUUCAAAGUUACUUGCAGAACUCAAAUAGAGGCUUUGGUGAGAAAUCACUCCCUGUACCACAUCGUCGGGAUACAGAAAAACUCAGGAAGAGUUCCUACUCUUGUGACAGAACGACGAAGAGUUCAAAUACUGAGGAUGAAAUUAAUCAAGAGGAAUUCCAGCGCAGGGUGGAGGCUUUCAUUGCCCGGCAGCAAAGGCUUCGAAGGGAAGAACAGUACUCUGUUGUACUUUAAAAUUACUAAAAGAAUGUAGCAGUUUUCUACUUCCAAGUUCCACUCCGAUGUUACAGUGUGUGGACAUUACUCUUUCAAACAUGCAAUGGAAAAUUUACCCCA